AUGAGACACUCUGUCCUCUCCAUCUCCUUUGCCGUGGCACUUUUCUUGGAGUGCUACACACCGUCCACGGCGAUCUCCAUCGGCAAGAUGGACGACGUCGCCUUGGAGCAAGAUACCCUCGAUUCCCUACUGAGUGUAGAGGUGUCUGAAAACAGCCCUGAUUCAGUCAGAGGCAGGAGCUCCAAGAUUGUCUUGCUGGCAGACUCUGGCCUGUGGAUGAACCUGAACAGAGGACUUCCUUUCUACAAGCUGAGAGCUGCAGCCGCCGGGCCUGACAGAGCCCUGACUCUGGACCGCAGAGAGGCUGGCCAGGACCUAAGCCCCAGCAUCUCCAUCGUCAGGAGGGACACCAUGAGGUGUAUGGUGGGAAGGGUGUACCGACCCUGCUGGGAGGUGUAG